AUGACGGAUCACCACCUCAAGCUGAACCUCAGCAAGACGGAGCUCCUCUUCCUCCCGGGGAAGGACUGCCCGUUCCAUGAUCUCGCCAUCACGGUUGACAACUCCAUUGUGUCCUCCUCCCAGAGCGCUAAGAACCUUGGCGUGAUCCUGGACAACACCCUGACGUUCUCAACUAACAUCAAGGCGGUGUCCCGUUCCUGUAGGUUCAUGCUCUACAACAUCCGCAGAGUACGACCCUGCCUCACACAGGAAGCGGCGCAGGUCCUAAUCCAGGCACUUGUCAUCUCCCAUCUUGAUUACUGCAACUCGCUGUUGGCUGGGCUCCCUGCCUGUGCCAUUAAACCCCUACAACUCAUCCAGAACGCCGCAGCCCGUCUGGUGUUCAACCUUCCCAAGUUCUCUCACGUCACCCCGCUCCUCCGCUCUCUCCACUGGCUUCCAGUUGAAGCUCGCAUCCGCUACAAGACCAUGGUGCUCGCCUACGGAGCUGUGAGGGGAACGGCACCUCAGUACCUCCAGGCUCUGAUCAGGCCCUACACCCAAACAAGGGCACUGCGUUCAUCCACCUCUGGCCUGCUCGCCUCCCUACCACUGAGGAAGUACAGUUCCCGCUCAGCCCAGUCAAAACUGUUCGCUGCUCUGGCCCCCCAAUGGUGGAACAAACUCCCUCACGACGCCAGGACAGCGGAGUCAAUCACCACCUUCCGGAGACACCUGAAACCCCACCUCUUCAAGGAAUACCUAGGAUAG